UUGCGAUGGGUGACCGCCUGCUGCCGUUGAAAACUCGUCCGUUUUUCAAACUGGUCAUCGACACCUUGGGCCGCGGUCGAGUGCGCUGCGGUGAUGCCGAUCUCGUACUGUGUGGUCGCAAAUAAGCAUUGCCCGCUCGCUGAGUGCGAAUAUAAUGGAGGGGGGGCCAUGAGUCCGACGAACAGUGGCAAGAAGGUCAAGGAAAUCGCUGUCCAGCUGACCAAGAAGCUCAACUUUGAGAAGAUCGAAUUGGAGAUGGAGGCCAUCGACUGCGAAGGAAAGACGUACAGCUACCUUGUGGAGAAUGAAGUGGCAUAUAUAUGUGUGGCGGACGCAUCCGUGGGCCGCGGGGCCGUCACGGCCUUCCUCAAGCAUAUCCAGGCCCAAUUUGAGGAACAGUUUGGUGUCCGUGGGAAAAUGACCAAGUUGAAACUCGAUAUGCAACGCGACUUUGGUUCGAUCCUGAAGACGCACAUGGAGAUGCUGUCGUCCCAGGGAGGAAUGCAAAAACUCGAAGCGCUGCGGAAGGAUCUCGACAACGUCAAGGAUUCCAUGCAGCAGAACAUUGGCAAGGUGCUCGAGCGAGGAGACAAGAUCGAUUUACUUGUCGACAAGUCUGAGUCCCUCAACUCGUCGGCGGAUGCGUUCGCAAAGUCGAGCCGCAACCUGCGCCGCACGUUGUGGCUGCAAAAUGUCAAACUGUACAUUCUCGCGGUCGUGAUUGUCCUGGUACUCAUCGUGUUCAUGUACGUGUACCUUCACAAGUCGGACUCGAAGAAAUCGGAAUUGUCGACCGCGUCUGCUUCGACAUUAAGAAGGCAUUAAGAAAUCUUGUGGGUGGGCGUGUCAAUCGCGAUGUCUCGAUGUUUUGUGCUGGAUCGACGCAUUCACAGUCGUGGAUAACGCUGCCGCAAUCCCAUGGACCAC